UAAAUAUCUAGGGCACUCUGUGGCACUAGUUGAAAUGAAUAGCCUAUGUAGUGCACUUGUGUAGGGUUCAGAGAGUUAUUUGGACUUUUGCCAUCUCCAGCUGUCUUUCCCGUGUGGACAGAUGGUUGAAAGACGACUGAAGCACUAAAUGCUGAACCGGAGCUGAUGAUGGUGUGAAUAUGGCACCAUGGCAGAGGACUUGCUCAGAGACUCCUCGCUGUCCCUAAAGGCGGCCGUCCUCCGUGCGGCGGACCUUCCUCUGUCCGUCCUUUCCUCCCUUCCACAGGUGAGUCUGAGCUCUGGCACUAAAAAGCUGGUGGCCGUUGCUGCCUUCGGCGCCGUCUCCGUCCUCUUCCUCGCCCGUCGCUUCAGGCGGCGGAAAGGGAAGAAGAAAGUGGUGCAGGAGCAGAAGAGGUCUGACUUCCUCUCCACGCUUCCACCACUGAAAGAUGCUGCCUGCCCUGCUGCCUGCCCUCGUCCGAACCUCAGUCUGUCUCUGAACUCGAAGAGCGGCUUUUCCUGUCACGCCAUGUCUAACGGGGGCUUACACAGCAGACUGUCCAGCUCCCUGCAGAGUCUGGCCUCGGUGAAGAGCGUGAACUCUUGCAGCGAGGGCACCAGUGGAUCGGCCUGCUGGGACAGAACGGACGACGGCGAUCUACGUAACAUCGUCACCACUCCCGAAAACCUCUAUCUCAUGGGUAUGGAGCUGUUCGAGGAGGCGCUGCGACGCUGGGAAGAAGCGCUAAAUUUCCGUAGCCGCCUAGCUGACGACGAGGCCGAGUGCACUUCUGUAAAACUCGGAGCCGGAGACGCCAUUGCCGAGGAGACCGUAGAGGACAUCAUCAGCGGCGAGUUCAUCCGUAAACUGGAGUCUCUUCUGCAGAGAGCCUAUCGGCUCCAGGAGGAGUUUGAAGGAGCGCUAGGAUUCCAGGACCCGUCUUCACACCAUAGCGAGAAGCACAACGAAGGCUCAGCGAGGGAGGAUCUGGACGACUCGUGUUGGAGAGACACCGUGAGCAUCGGCUCCACCGACUCCUUCGUGUCCGCGGCAGAGAUCUCUGAGCAUAAGGCUGCCAUGGGUCUCGGCUCUCUGUGCCGUUACCCAUUCUACGAGGAGGCUCUGCAGAUGGCUGAGGACGGGAAAAUAUCCUGUAGAGUUCUCCGAACCGAGAUGCUAGAAUGCCUCGGAGACACCGAUUUCCUCGCCAAGCUACACUGCAUCCGCCAGGCUUGUCAGGUCAUUCUCCAAGAGAUAUCGACUCGGAUGUUUCUGGCUGACACAGGGAAAAAAAUCUUGUCCUCGAUAAUCGCGAAAGCCAGAAAGAAUCCCAAGAGAUUUGAGGAAGUUUAUGAGGAGAUGAUCGGCUUCCUGGAGCAGAGGGAGCACUGGGAGAAAACCGAGGCUGAGCUCUCUGCCCGAGGGGUGAGGCAUUUAAACUUCUACGACAUCGUCCUUGACUUUAUCCUAAUGGAUUCUUUUGAGGAUCUGGAGAAUCCGCCCAUGUCCAUCACGAACGUUGUCAACAACCGCUGGCUUAACGACGCCUUCAAAGAAACCGCGGUGGCUUCAAGCUGUUGGUCUGUUCUAAAGCAGAAGCGACAACACGUGAAGGAUCAGGAUGGCUUUAUUGCUCACUUCUACGCGGUGUGUGAGCACAUUAGUCCCGAGUUAGCUUGGGGUUUCCUGGGGCCUAAAAGCCCCUUGCAUGACUUUUGCUGCUUCUUCAAGGAGCAGGUGCUACUCUUCUUGAAGGACAUCUUCGAUCUGGAGAAGGUGCGUUACUCCAGCGUGGACACACUGGCUGAAGACGUACUGCACCUGCUGCACUACCGAGCCGAGUUGCUUCUAAGCUGCACGCUCUCCGAAUACACCCCCCAAGCUAACGGCUGCUUCGGCACCGUGACCCGAGUGGUGUCCGGUGCACCGUCCGAGACCCAGGUUCAGUGAGCGGAUGUCCGGCGAUUUUUGUAAUUUCAUCCCAUCUUUGAAGAGGAACAACGUUUUCACAAUCAGUGCUUUUGUUUUUUUGUUUUUGUUUUGACUUAAUGAUAAAGGUCAAAGUGUAGCAUGUAAACGUAGUGAAAUUAUUAUAACGUGCUGCUCUGUAAAGUUUGAUCACACUUGUUAUGUACGUUAAUUAUUUAUUUCAUAUCUGUUUUUUAUUCUUGAAACCAGUGCCAUGGAAAAUGGUCUGAUUGAAUGUGUGCGAGAAAUGUCCCUACCUCUGGCUAGAAAUGUCCAAAAUCCCCCACUUCUCGCUUUAGAGCUAAAUAAACCAUUUGCCCCCCCCCCCCCCUUUACCAAAAUACUGCAUACUGUAUAGUAGUGGAGAACGAAUUCUUUUAAACAUCACACAUUAUGUUAUGAUGAUACGCCUUAUUUGUUGGCGCCUGUAUCGUGUUCUCAAGUUCGAAGUAAAUGUUGCUUUUUUAUUGAAAAUUUUAACAAAUUCUUAAAGACAGUUGUUUCUUGAUCCAGACUCGGCCGUGUUAUUGUCAAAAAAAGGGUGGAGCUUAAGUUAAAUGAUCUACUUACAAACUUGAUCAUAUGAUAUAACUCCUAGCUGCUAUUUUAUUUAUUAUUUUCAGAACACUGCUAACCCAAAAAUAAUGGUUUUAUACUCAGCCUUAACAGUUAACGUCAUCUGUCACUAUCACUAGAUAGCCAGUAAGUUAGCACUAGCUAACUAUACUCAUAUUUAUGAUUAAAUGUGAAGCUUUAACCUAAGCUCUACCCUUUGUUAAAGCCAGGAUAUAAGCUAAACUGCCUGUUAAGCGAAAUAUGUAUUCGAAAAGAACUUGGAUGUAUUUUGUCUAAUUAUCAAACUAUUUUUUUGUAAAACUGUCCGAAGGUUGUGCUGCUACAUUGUCAGAUUUAUAAACUAAUAAAAGGCCAAUGGAAAAGCCUUUCUCAGCCGUGAGAACGAUUACUAUGAGAGAAUU